AUGAGCUUCAUGCCAUUCUUCUUCUUCAGCUGGGUGAUUCUGAAUAUUGCGAGUGUUGUGCUACCGUUCGAGCUCAAUCCGGGGUUUUAUAGGUGGGGCUAUGCACUUCCAGCACAUGAGGUAUACCAAAUCCUCGUCACGAUUUGGUCUGGUGGUGCUGCGAACCAACUUCAUAUAUCAUUGCCGAUCCUGUUCGCUUGGGAGGUCUUGUUGCUUCCACUGGCUGUCCUGGGACUACGGUACCGCUGCGCAAAUGCGAGGGAGGAACAUGAAACAGAUGAGGAAGCGGCGCGAAAGAAGUAUGGCAGGCACGAUUCAGCGGCUACGGCGGACCAAUCGUUGAAGGAGCAGAUAACACGUCGGCUAGAUGAUACAGAGGCAGGCACUUCUAGACCAGCCGUUGUGUCAGCACCUGGUGCCGGCAAUGGGUACUUCCCAAGCACUCCUGUGCCAUUUCAGAACACACUGAAACGCAUAGUGAGUCCGGGAAGGUCGACACAAGUAUAG